UUUCUGAGGAUACAUGCAACAAAAGAUGGCCUUUAAAAAAAAAUUACAGGCCAUCCUCUCUGGGUCUCUCUCUUUUUAAAUUGUCUUAAAAGCGAAGGAGAGAGGGAUGGCAAAAACAGAGCCAGCUUUGAGGCGUGAGUAAUCCCAUCUCACAGCAGGGAGCGCUGGGCGCAGCCACAGAUUUCAAUCCAUCUCUCAAUUCUCUUUUCCAGUGGAUUUCUACCCCCUCCCCCCCCUUUUUUUAAAUUGACAAUCUGACAGCAGGGGAAACCAGAAAUAAAAGAGGAGGGGGGAGCAAACGAGGGAGGGCAGUCCCCUUCCAUCUCAAUUCGCAGGGUCCCCAGCCAGACGAAGGGACCCGCCCGCCCCUGAGAGAUCGUAUCGGAGAGGACCCUCCGGCAAGUCGAACACCAGGGCACAAUGAAACUCAUCAUCCUAGAAGAUAACCUUCAGGCCAGUGAAUGGGCUGCCAAGUACAUCAGAAACCGAAUUGUCCAAUUUCGCCCAGGGCCCAACAAAUAUUUCAUCCUGGGACUUCCUACAGGGAGCACUCCUCUUUAUUGCUACCAGAAGCUGAUCGAGUAUUAUAAGAAUGGGGACCUCUCCUUCCAGUACGUGAAGACAUUUAACAUGGACGAGUAUGUGGGCCUCCCACGUAACCACCCUGAGAGCUACCAUUCCUUCAUGUGGAAUAACUUCUUCAAGCACAUUGACAUUUGCCCUACAAACACUCAUAUCCUGGAUGGGAAUGCAGCUGAUCUGCAGGCAGAAUGUGAUGCUUUUGAAAAGAAGAUCAAGGAAGCUGGAGGGAUUGAGCUUUUUAUUGGAGGUAUUGGCCCUGAUGGGCACAUCGCCUUCAAUGAGCCAGGCUCAAGUCUGGCGUCUAGGACCCGAGUGAAGACUCUAGCUAUGGAUACCAUCCUAGCCAAUUCCCGGUUCUUCGAUGGAGAUCUCUCAAAAGUCCCCACAAAGGCUCUGACUGUGGGUGUGGGUACAGUCAUGGAUGCCAGAGAGGUCAUGAUCUUAAUUACGGGGGCCCACAAGGCAUUUGCACUACAUAAAGCCAUCGAGGAGGGGAUAAGUCACAUGUGGACUGUGUCUGCCUUCCAGCAGCACCCCCGUGUAGUAUUUGUGUGUGAUGAAGAUGCAACACUGGAGCUUAAAGUGAAAACUGUUAAGUAUUUCAAAGGAUUGAUGCUUGUUCAUAACAAGCUAGUGGAACCGCUGUACAGUAUGAAAGAAACAGAGGAAAGCCAGUCUUCCAAGAAACCAUAUAGUGACUAACUUGCCCUCGGAGCCAGCUGUCCAAUUCCCCAGAGAUACACUUUGAGGGAACAGGUCUUGGGGAUAAAAUUAUUUCAUUGAUCAAGAAAAAAAAUAUAUGCCCACUCCAAACAAUGUUUUCUUUGCCUUUGAUGAAAAUGAGUGUAGGUGAAUAUUUUGUACUUGGCUGUAAGGGAUGAAGCUUACAGAAAUGGGUGUUUUGUGCUGUAAUUUUAUUUUCUCUGAAGCGUAUGUUAUUUCCUGUAUUCUACUGCCAUGUUCUACCUGCUAGGUGAGGGAAAGUGGACAAAGAAAUGCCCAACAUGAACAUUUUUUUAAAAAGUGCCCCCAAGGCACCAGGGAGAGGGAAAACACACUGACACUCACUCUUUCUGUUUAGAAGAGGUCUCUGUGGUAUCACUUGGGGAAAGUAGGCACUUUGACCUGAACAGGUCUUUUUCAAAGACCCCUUCCUUCUUGGGACUGAGUUUAGUCAUAGAAUAUGAAUGAUGUUUCACUCUUGAGAUUUGUGAGUGCAAGGCUAUACAAUGUGGAAAGGUCUACUUAGUGAAGUUUGCCUGCCCCUAUUUAAAAUGCCUCUGCACUUUGCCUUUAUGUAAUACAUUUAUCAUCAUCCAUUAUGGACAAUGAACUAGGCACUGAGGGAGAUACAAAGUUAAAUCAGGUAUAUUAAUAGUCUCCUGUUCUCUAGGACCUUUCUCCAUUAAGAACAACUUAGUCACAUACCCCAGAUAUAUUUGGCUAAAUGUAGGAUAUUCUGUGCUGUUGUCCCUCCUCUAGAGAAUGCUCAUUCCACUGCUGUUAGGUUGGCCAUAUUCAUUCUACUCACUCUGUAGCCUUCUUACAUGUGCCUAUGAUAAAUUGCUGCUGGUGCCAUUUGGGGGGAGGGGGCAGAAACCUAGUGAGUCUGAAUCAGGUGCCUCUGACAGAACUUUUGAAUACUGUGUUUUCUACUUGUAUUUCAAUUUUAGCUUUUGUGUGAUUAGUAAAAUUCUGUUUUAAGCUAAUGGAUAAAUGGGACUUGUUUACAAUGUGAUAUUUUCUAUUAAAUUCAAUAUUUUCAAAUGGAAUGUGGUGAAGAGUAAUGAACUUCCUCUUUAACCCUUCUUAACAAAGAUCACUGGCAUGUUUACUUUAAAGCAAAAUGUUUUGCAACUACUCACUUCUCAUAUAAGCCUAGAGAUUCAAAAAUCAUACUUGUCAUUUAGAACUCCAGAUCUUUUCUCCUUAAGAUGGCUUCUUUUUAGCCAUUAAUUCCCUUGAUUUAUAUAUAGAUGAAAAAAAAUGAAGCACAAAGAGGCUGUAACUUGUCCAGGGUUGUACAAGUAGUGACAGUUGAGAUUUGGAUUCCAAAUAAUACCUAGAAUGUGAUAGAAGUACAGUGGGAAUGGUAUAGGGCCACUAUAAUUUUUCCAAUUAUAUUUUAAUCUGGUUGGCCCAUGUGUUUGACACUUAUGGUAUAGCCUUGAGCACAUCUUUACUACUGGGCCUCUUCCAGUUUAAAAUUUAUUUUGGAAAGUGAACACUUGGCAAAUAACACCAAUGAAACUGAUUACUUAGUUUAAUCUUAUUAUGUCCAUAUAACUACCCCUUGCCUCCUUCUGUCAUUGCAGUCAGAGAAAAAUGAAGUAAAGAUAGCAAUUCUGUCUUAAUCUUGUGAAAGCUUAAAGUUCAUAAUCAUUGUUAAUAUUGAAACCACCCUACGGAAGCUUCCAUAACUAGUUUUCUGACCACAGAGAUCUGCUUGCUGAUUUUAUUAAACUUGGAUUCAUGAAAGAUGGUCUGGCUAUUGUUAAGUCUGAGAGGUAGUGUUAUGAU